GUCGUUAAAUUGGAUAAUCUACCUGAACGUGGUUCGUGGUCAUCAAAACUAGACUUUAUACUUUCAGUUGUUGGCCUUGCUAUCGGAUUGGGGAAUGUAUGGCGUUUUCCAUAUUUGUGUUACAAAAAUGGUGGUGGUGCAUUUCUAAUUCCAUAUUUUAUGACACUGAUAUUGGCAGGUAUUCCUAUGUUUUUUAUGGAGCUUGCGUUAGGCCAAAUGUUAACAAUAGGUGGACUUGGAGUUUUCAAAAUUGCACCAAUUUUUAAAGGCAUUGGUUAUGCGGCAGCUGUGAUGUCAUGUUGGAUGAAUGUCUACUAUAUUGUAAUUUUAGCUUGGGCUGUAUUUUACUUCUUUAUGUCUAUGCGAGCCGAUGUUCCAUGGAGAACUUGUAAUAAUUACUGGAAUACUUUAAAUUGUGUAAAUCCAUACGAACGAAAGGAUUUAAUGUGUUGGGAGAAAUUUAUAAAUGGCACAACAAAAAAGAUUUGUUCCUUAGCGGCUACAAAUGUGUCUGCGUCUGACCUUACAGAUCCAGUUAAAGAGUUUUGGGAACGCCGUGCUUUACAGAUCUCUGAUGGUAUAGAACAUAUUGGUAAUAUUAGAUGGGAACUAGCUGGCACACUUCUGCUAGUUUGGAUCAUGUGCUACUUUUGCAUUUGGAAAGGUGUGAAGUGGACUGGAAAAGUUGUUUAUUUUACUGCACUAUUUCCUUAUGUAUUGCUGACAGUUUUACUAAUACGUGGUAUUACUUUACCUGGAGCACUUGAGGGCAUUAAAUUUUAUGUUAUACCAAACUUUUCCAAAUUAACUGAAUCAGAGGUCUGGAUUGAUGCUGUAACACAAAUAUUCUUUUCUUAUGGCCUUGGCUUAGGCACAUUAGUUGCUCUAGGAAGCUAUAAUAAAUUUACAAACAAUGUUUAUAAAGAUGCGUUGAUAGUAUGUUCAGUUAACUCAAGUACUAGUAUGUUUGCUGGGUUUGUUAUAUUUUCUGUAAUCGGAUUUAUGGCUCAUGAACAGCAAAGACCUGUCGCUGAAGUUGCAGCAUCAGGUCCUGGCUUAGCAUUUUUAGUUUACCCCUCGGCAGUAUUACAAUUACCGGGUUCACCUCUGUGGUCAUGUUUGUUUUUCUUCAUGCUCCUACUUAUUGGUUUGGACUCACAAUUUUGUACAAUGGAAGGAUUUAUAACUGCUAUUAUAGAUGAGUGGCCACAACUUCUACGCAAACGAAAAGAAAUUUUUAUUGCUGUAGUAUGCGCACUGAGUUAUUUAGUUGGUCUGACUUGUAUUUCACAGGGAGGUAUGUACGUUUUUCAAAUACUGGACUCAUACGCUGUAAGCGGUUUUUGUUUGCUUUGGCUCAUAUUUUUUGAAUGCAUUUCAAUUUCUUGGUGCUAUGGUGUUGAGCGCUUUUAUGACGGAAUUAAAGACAUGAUUGGAUAUUAUCCGAUGGCAUGGUGGAAAUUUUGUUGGUGUGUCACAACACCAUUAAUUUGCUUGGGUGUGUUCUUUUUCAAUAUCAUACAAUGGACUCCGAUCAAAUAUUUAGAUUAUAGUUAUCCUUGGUGGGCCCAUGCAUUUGGUUGGUUUACGGCUCUUUCAUCAAUGUUAUAUAUUCCAGCAUAUAUGUAUUGGCUGUGGAAAAGAACACCCGGAGAUACUGUUCUGAAAAUGCGGCUACUUGUUCGAAUAGAUGAGGAUAUAACACGUCUUAGGGAAAAAAUGCAACAGGAUGCUGCUGAAUUUCAAUCAAAAUAAAGUUCUUACGUUGUUCGAAAAGCGCAAUUAAAAAUAAAAAUGGAGUUUACAUACAAUUCUUCAUAUUCAUAAUUUGAACCAUAUUUAAAAUUUAGA